AUGGCUAACCCAAAGGAAUCAUUGAUGGGUGUGACUUUAAGUAGUGGGAUGCAGCUCCAAAACUCUAUUAAGAAGGAGCUUGAACUAGAAGUUGCUAACCCCAUUAUGACCACUGACAUGGACGUUACCACAAAGGAUAAAACUUCGAUUCUAGUGUAUCAACAGAAACCUUCAUUCCCUGCCAAGGCAAGGAAAGACCAACAGGAACUGCUCACCCACAAAAGGAAGUUAGGAAACGUGUUUUCUUUGACACCCAGUGAGGAGUGUUCUAUUUUGCUAUGUAACAAACUCUCCAAGAAGGAGAAAGAUCCAGGAGGCUUCAUUCUUCCAUGCACCAUUGGGGGUUUGGUUGAUGAGAAAGCUCUUGCCGACCUUGGAGUGAAUAUUGAUGACAAGGUUGAAGUACCAAUAAUACUAGGACGACCAUUCAUAGCAACAUCCAACGCCCUUAUUGAUGUCAAAGACGGCCGAAUAACACUUCAAGGUGGUGAUGAAGAAACUACGUUCAGACUUCGUGACUCCAUGAGACACACAAUAGACUUUGAUAAUACUUGUUAUUGCGUUGAUGUUGUUGAUGAGAAAAUGCCUAGGAAGGACAUCGCUGGCGGGCCUUCUAAGAGGCCUAGGACCGAUGCCUCAUCAUCUGGAGUAGAGUAUCAACCUACAUUCCAUACCCGGCCUCAUAUUGAGUGA